GGGCCGCGCCCACUGACCGCCGGCUAUGGCAAUGCCGCAAUCAGCUGUCCUAACCUCGCUGCCAACCACAACCUAACCUGAACAGACCAACAGAAAACAAUAACACGCAAACAUCGCAAAAAAUGAGCGACUCUGUGGAAAAUACCCCGGGGCAAAGAGCCAUUGAGGUGAUGGAAACCAUUCACAAGGAGAUCGUGUUCAAAGUGCCCACCAGAACCGCACGGAAGCGACCCAAAGUCCAGGUGUUGGAGGAGGAGACCUAUGUGGAGGAAAUAGCCAACAUCAUCCAAAGGGACUUCUUUCCGGAGCUGGAGAAAAUCAAGGCGCAGAACGAGUACCUGGACGCGAUGGAGAGGAACGACACAGUGAGGCUGCGGGAGCUUUACAUGAAGUACAGUGGCCGCAGGCCACCAACAGAGCGAAUGCCCAGUCCGGCAACGUUUGAAACCCCCAACAACCUGCACGGCAGUGAGGAGGACAUCCCGCAGGCCAAUGGAGGCGCAGCUGCAAGCAGUGCGAUUCCCAGCCAACCGGCAACCAAGCCCUUGAGCCUCGACCAGUACCUCAACUCGCACACGUCGCAAGACAACGAGAGUUUUGAGGAAAUCCUUGAGACCAGCUCGCGGAAACUCCAGGAAAAGUACAAGUAUCUAUACGGAGUUGAGCAGGGCAGCGAGGAGAGCCAGAGCAAAAUGCUGGCGCUGCCCUCCAUUCAACAACAGGCCGCUCCAGUCCAGAAGCCCCUGAACCUGGACACUUGGGGGUACAAGAACAGGAACUAUUUGAUGUUCAAUCCAGAUGGGGUCGAGUUAAGCGCAGAGGAGGAAUUGAAGCUGAUCAAGGACAAGCAGGAGAUCACCUACGAAAACACCAGGCUGAGGCUCAACCCGUUCAACGAGGUGCAGAGCAAGGAAACCAUCAACGAGCUGGCCAAAACCCAGGCCAAGGUUUUGGAUGGCAAAAUAGGAGUGGACGGCAAAGAGCUGCAGAAGCCCGAAACGCCGCGAGUGGGCGGGUUUAGGUUGAUCCGCUCGCCCUCGCCGUCCCCCAGCCUGCUGGCAAGCCCCCUGAUGACCUGGGGGGAGAUCGAGGGCACCCCCUUUAGGCUGGACGGGGGCGACACACCACUGCCCAGGUCGAAAGGGCCGUCUUUCAAAAUGUCUGAGCCCCCUCGCAGGGAGCAGCUCGCCUUUGCUCUAGCCGAGAGAGUGGGAGAAAAGAACCGCGACCAGAAAAAGCGGGCUCUGGACGCCCAAAGGCGCCAGUUUAGCACGCCCUCCCCCAGGCCGAACAGUUCGACGAUAGAGCGACUGGCCAGCAUGUCGCCAGCGGCGCGCCGACUGGCCACAGCGCAUCUGAAGCUGCCAGGGGCCGGUCUGCUGAGCCCCCGGACCCCCCAGACGCCCAAACUGGCCAAGACGCCCACCCCCAAAAGGGCCACGACCCCUAAGUUGGAUUUGGGCAUCAAGAAAAUGGGGGACAAGGAAGUUUCCACGGACGAUUUGCUCAAGAUCCCGGUGCCGGCUCGGAAAUCGGCUGCAGACUUUUUUUAACGCGUUUGGGAUUGCUGCUAAUGACGGUCAUUGAGGAGUUGGGCAAUCGAGGCCAGUGCGAGAUUGGCAUUGCGCGCUGAUUAAAGGCGAAUUGAUCUACUUUUUCAUUCAAGACUGCUUACUAUCUACCAUUGAGCGUAGUUGUGGAGUGUUUGGGCACUCUUCAGCGACUCGCUGGCUCAUUGAAGCGCUAAUGGGACGGGGUUUCAACAAUGGACUGUAGCGUUUAAUUGAGAUGCAAAUCGCCCACGCGCCAGCCGAAAUUGCCGGGUACUGGAGCGUUUUACCGAUGUUAAAAGGCGAAUUAUCUUGACGAUCGCGAAUUUGUCAAGCGGUUGCCUAAUCGGGGUGGCUUGCGCAACCGGAGCUGCGGUCGUUGAAACACAAUUGUGGGAUUUAGCCAUCCAUUCUUCUUUUGGAACGUUGCGGCUGUAUGGGCCGUUCUUCAUUCCUGUGACCUUUCGCUACAGCUUAAUCGCCCGAUCUUUCUUCAUUCACUCAGUGGCUGAAAAAACCGGGCGCGGCAAGGCCGCGCACUUAUUGCUUUUCGAUUAACAACCAUAUGCACUUAGAGCUUUUGGGCAAUUUGAGUCAUGCUUCAGCUAUGCGCGUUUGGAGCGCACACCUCUAGUUCCAGUCGAGUACUAAAGUGCGGAUUCGCUCAUAGAUAAAGACUGAUUCGCCACCACCACAGUGCAAUUGAUGGGACUCCUACUAUUGGGUCUGGUAGCGUGCAAAGCACGCGAAGAACCACCGCGGCCAGUUACCGAUUUGCGGUACAACCAGCUACUAACGGUGGUUUUGCGCGUCUUGCCCGGUCGCAUUGCGGUUUUGCGCGCGAUUUUUGUUUAUCAUUUUUUGCUGGAUACGCCCGUUGUUUGGAAAGUGAGUAUUCGCUAGUUGUUAAAAAAAACUGAUUUUUCCCCAUUAAGCGCUUGGUUUAACUGCAUUUUCACCUCUGUGUGGAUGGGGACGGGGUUGGGUUUUCGACGUUAUUUGCUAGUUUUUACACGUUUUUUGCUGGGAGACUGUACCUGAGUGUGUGAAGAAUAAAACGAAAUUCUGGGUU